ACUAUUGUCACUCUUCAUUUCUAUCCACGGAAUUACACACCAAUUCUGAAAAUCAAGGAGUUUCUUUUCAAAAAUCCUGCAGUGCCAAGGCUAUUCUGGUACAUUUGGUCCUUCGAGCCGGAUACAACAAGCGAGCGACCUAUCCGAGCUGCAUAUUCACCGGAAAACGCAAGAUAUCACAAUAUCAACCGGCGAAGCUAUCUUCAAGUCACGUCUACGUAUUGGACACCAGGACUUCAGGAGAUGCAAAAUCGUACUUACCUACCUACGUACGCGCAUCAAGUGUGUCGAGUGUUCAACAGCAGAGUGUCGUUGCUAAUACCUGCUGCUUUCGCAGAUCACUACGAACACUAAAACUUGCUGCUGUUCCGCCGCGAGCACGCGCAACUGCUGCACGCGGCUCCGCAGGCGCUGCUGUUCGCGCUGCGCGAGCGCUGGUGGCCGGUAAGGGGGCGUGAUCUCGCAAAAAAGGUAAUACGUCAAUGUAUUAUUUGUACACGCUUAAGAGGUAAAACCGUAAACCCGAUUAUGGGACACUUACCUAUGGAGCGAAUCACGCCAACUUACCCGUUCAUGCGAUGCGGGGUAGACUAUGCAGGCCCGGUGCUCGUACUGAAUCGCAAAGGCAGAGGUGCUAAAACUGUAAAGUCGUACAUUUGUUUGUUUAUUUGUUUCGUUACACGCGCGAUACACUUGGAACUUGUCAGCGAUCUGACAUCCGACGCAUAUUUUCUAGCCCUGAAACGAUUUAUCUCGCGUCGUGGCAGACCGGAAGUAAUCUUUUCAGACAACGGUAGGAAUUUUGUAGGUUUGAUGAAUGAAUUUAAGAAAUUUUUAACGAAUUGCUCAUCCGAUAUUAUCGAGUAUGCUAGCAGCCAACAGAUUAAAUUCAAAUUCAUACCUCCAUACUCUCCUCAUUUUGGUGGUCUGUGGGAAGCAGGAGUAAAAUCUUGCAAAUAUCACCUUAACCGUGUAUUAGGCAACGCGCACCUAAAUUUCGAAGAGCUAUGCACAUUAUUAACGCAGGUGGAAGCUGUCCUUAACUCCCGUCCACUGAGUCCCCUAUCCACAGAUCCGCACGAUCUUCAGCCUCUCUCUCCGGCUCACUUCCUGGUUGGUCGUCCGCUCGUUGCACCUGUAAGCGCCGACAUGCAAGAUACGCCGAUGCAUCGACUUACUCGAUAUCAACGUGUUGAACAACUGCGCCAGCAUUUUUGGUCACGUUGGACCAAAGAGUACAUCUCGGAGAUGCAGACGAGGAUCAAGUGGAAGGAGAACACGGUCGACUUGCGACCAGACACGCUGGUGAUUGUCAAGGAUGACAACUUACCUCCACUGAAAUGGCAACUGGGACGCGUUAAGAACACGAUCCAUGGAAAGGAUGGCAUCGUGAGAGUUGCUGACAUCCAAACAACAUCCGGAGUCAUCAGGCGCGCUGUAACCAAGAUCUGUCCUUUACUAUGGGAUCAGCCAGAGAUGGAUCCUGCUAGUCUUUCGUAAGCUGGUGCUUCCAAGGCCGGGGGCAUGUUUGGACACCCACAGCGCCAUCUACGCAACUCAUCAUGAGAACUGGCGGCCAUAUACCUUCUCCCUGCUACAAUUUCUUCGCUCAACGUCUUAACGCUCGAGACCAACAACCAAUCAGGAACGUUCCUCGUCCGCGAUCAAUUUUGCGCACCAAUC